AUGUUCAUCUGCGUCUCCAUCUGGUCCUCGGCCGUCAUGUCCGUGUUCCUGGGCAUCUACGGCAUCUACCUCCGCCACGUGAGAGAGGGCCCCAGCCACGACACAUACAAGCAGGAUGACAGCGUCACCAUCUCCACUCGACUAUUGACCCUCAAACGACACCAAACCAACGUGAAAGCGGGAGUGGGACACGAUCACCACGACAUCCCCGUCUCUUUCGAAAUUCAAACCUUCGUCCCGUCCGAAGAAUCAAUCCCGAUCGAGAACAUGAGCGUAUCGCCUUACGGGCAACACCGCAUCUAA